AUGUUGACCAAAUACAGCAUUGAGCAAAUUAUCAAGUCCCCUCAUACCACUGUCCUCUGUCUUUCAGCAAUAGAAAAAGGCCAGUUCCUAGCCAGCAGAGAUGUUACCCUCCAUGGUUACCUUAUCUGUUGGAAACAGAUCAAGAAUAUAAAUGUACACAAAGUGGCUACACAGAUGAAAUUACAUGGCCACAUCUCCAUCAUCAUUCAGAACUGCGACCUGAGGGCCAUCUGCUUCCUCCCCAAUGAGGAGAGCCAAAACAUCAUCAUGUUUGGUUGUCACUCUGGCAAGAUUGGUCAUGCAGCAGUAAAUACUGCGAAGGAUGUGUUUGGUAUAGAUGACCCUUCACAAGGGAUAGCUCUGUAUCAUGUUGUGGAUGGGGCAAAAAUUGUCAUGAGUGGAAGUGACCAUGGCAUCAUCUAUGUUUUUGAGAGAAGAGAUGGGAGUGUAUCUAAGCUGACCACUGAAGACACUGCAUGGGUCCAAACCUUACAUAAGGCAGCUAUUGUGCAAUACUUUACUGUUUGUGCUGGACUGCAUUUGGUCAUUAAUUAG